UUAAAAUAUAAUUUCUUAAUACUUUUGCAUAUAUCUGCCUGAGAUGGACUUAAUAUGAAUACAUUGUGGUUUCACAUAUUUUUUUACUGCUAGUUUGGAUUACUUUUGACAGGAUACUGGCUUUAUUUAUUCGAUAAGUAUUCUGUUAAAUCAUCAAUAUUCGUGAAGGAAUGUUCGCGGUUGAGUCAAUCCACGGAACAGAUCCUGUUCAAAAGUUACUAUCACCGCGAAAAAAUCAUUUUGGGCCAAUCCACGAUAUAUUAUGCCUGUGAAUAAAAAUGAUUUAACAGUAUUGUUUUAUUUUGCUCCAAAAUAAGUAUCAAUAUAUAUUUGUGUUAUUCGCUGCAUUUAGUCAUUUAUAAUUCAAUUUUAGAAAAGAUGACGAAAUGUUUGUACAGUUUUUCCUGAACUGGAUGUUAUCCUGGAUUUGUGCUGUGAUGAUAAAAGCAAAAAUUUGGAAAGUACAUCGUGAUAUCAUACCUGUUCUGCAUAGCAAGGAAUCGUCUUUAUCUAAAUAUUUAUUUUGUAAAAGAGGACUUCUAAACCGUCCGUUUCGACCAUCAUUUAUACUUAGAAAUGGAUAUGUUCAAACGUUUGUUGGCGUUAUUUACAAUCCACUUGAAGACUAUCAAUUUGAUCGGGAAUAUUUACAAACAACAGACAAAUCAGUUGUUGCUUUAGACUGGUUCAAACCAACAACAGAAAAAAUAAAACGUAACAGUCCUAUCAUUUUAAUAUUUCCUCGAUUAACAGGAGAUGCUCUAAGUGUUGGAAAUAUUUGCAAACUUGGUGCUUUAAGGGGUAUGCGAGCUGUCGUGAUCAACAGACGAGGUCACGGUUCGAGUUUUCUUUUGUCACCUAGUCUAACAAGCAUUGGUGAUACCAGAGACACCAGAAAAGUUAUGGAAUAUAUCAGUAGCAAAUAUCCAAAUGUGAAAAUUGUUGGCAUUGGAAUAGGUGCCGGAUCAGCUACCUUAUUUUCCUAUCUCGGUGAAUUUGGUUCUUCCUCGCUAAUGAAAGCAGCUGUGACUGUAUCCCCCUCAUACGAUAACACUGAAAUUCUGUGUGAACAAAUACCAAAAUUAUAUGAGAUUUACCUUUUAAUUAACCUAAAAUUGAUGUUAUUAAGAAACUGGAAAAUUCUGAACAAAUUCAUAGAUCUAAAGGCAGCCUUGGUAAAAUCUUGGAAAUUAAAGGAAUUCGAUUAUCAAGUUUAUUGUAAAAUGUAUGGAAUAGAAACAUUCGAGGCAUUCUGGCAGAGGAAUGAUCCUAUGAGAGAUGUUGAUGAUAUAGCCGUUCCUGUUUUAUGUAUAAAUAGUCUGGAUGACCCGGUGAUAGUUGAAGAAAAUAUUCCGUUCGAUCUGUUUCAGUUUUAUCCGAAUUUAUUGUUAGUAACUGUAGCGAAAGGUGGUCACUGUGCCUUCUAUGAAAAGGUAUGUGGAGACUGUUGGGCAAACGCACUGAUAAUUAACUACAUAGAAUAUGUUCUAGAGUUUAUUUCAAACUCUAAAUUGUGACAUUAGCAGCAUGACAUGUUAUUGAACAAAUAGUAAUGUGAAAUAAGGCAAAGCCUCAAAAGGAGCUCAAAGAAAUCUGGUUUAACUUAAAAAAAUAUAACAAAGAAACUAUUCACUACACAAAAACGUGAAAAUUCGUGAGACCUACCUAUUCACAACCUAAAACAGCAAGUUUACAUUUAGUGUCAUCCUACCUGUUACAGCAAAUGAUGUCAUUUCCUAUUCGCCGCGUUCUCGUAUUGGCUUUAGGACUAUUAAUGACAAUAUUUUCCAACUUCUUUCCAUUUUAUUAGCUUUUGAAAGAAAAUAAUUAUUUUUUCAACUAAUUGGUAUCCUUGAUUAUGAUUCUUGAAUGAAAUAAUUUUCAGCAAUCGAAUGAAGUUCUGUAUUCACUGCGGUGAGAACUACUUCCUUUCUGCUAGAGACGCCUUGUUAGCUUCCGGCGGAAGUUUUAAAAUCCAACAUUAGUGUGAAAGAAUACUUGCGUUACCGUAAAGGUCGAUUCUCGAAAUUUUAUUAUGUUUAAAUUUGAUUUGUAAUACUUGGUAAUUUCACAAGCGACACCUUAGCCUGAUGAAUGCAUUGAAAGUGUAGUCGUUUGAUAAUGACAUAAUGUGAAAAUUGAAAGAGGACAGUAUGAUUUCGGCUGGAUAUUGUUGGGUAACUAACUUGGAUAGCACUAGGGAUUGUACAGUGCGCUAAAAAUUUCAAAUUAUGUGCCUAUUUUAAAUUGUUUCGUUUCAAUAAAUGCAUCUUUUAUUCUUUCAGGUUAGUCAACACUGUGUUAAUAUCGAAAUUCAACGUUAUCAUUCUACAUAAAAUACUACAAAGUGCAAAAAUCUAGCUUGGAAUAAUUACCAUAUUGGCGAUGAAUUAAAUAUAACAGUGGAUUAGAACGUAUUUACAAACCAUAUUCGAUUAACACAGUGCAAGAAAUAUUUACUGGACUUUCUUUGUCUGAAACUUUAUUUUUGCCUCUUUUUUAACGUUUCCCGCCAUUUACGCGAUAUUUCAUUUACAUUUUAAAUAAAAGGAAAUAGAAACAGUGGUAUUAUUCCGUGCAUAUAUUUUGUAUCUAUCACGGAUUAUUUUGUUGUUAGAAGGGAUCAUAGGCGUCCUUCAGCAAUAUGCUUAUAAGCCCUUCUUGCAUUCAAUUGACAAAAUAUACUUAUGCGAACAAUUGAAGUCAAAUUUUUAUCUUAAUUUAUAUGGGAUUAUUUUUUCUGUAAAUAUAUCUUUUUUGCAUAGUAUUUAGAAAGGGUUAGAAGUAAUCAAGCUAUUAAUUAUGAAAUAUAAAUGUUAUUUAAAAGUCUGUUUAGUUUUCAAAUGGACUUUCGUUGCCGAGCAGUGAAGGCCUCUGGCUUUGAAUCACAUGCCCCUUAUCGCUGUGGGUUCGGAACCCCGCUUGGUAUCAAGAGAAGAAGCCAUCCGGCUGGCUUACGAAAGAGCGAUGGUUCUGCAGAGAAACCUGUCCUGAUGACAUAAUGCUCGGAAGGACACCUGAGGUCUUCCUCCACUAUAGCAAAAAGCGCGAAUGUUUGCAUAUGACCUAUACGAGCCGAAGCAGUGGUCCGGUCGUAACACUAUCUGACUACGAAGCAGCGUCGUGUGUUGGAGCUGACGCUCCUGUUUACAUUGAAAGUCUAAAAAUCCAAGGAAGCAAAAGUUUCUGGAAUGGGAGCGUCUUCUGAACUAUCCUCCAACUAAAAGUUACCAGAAAUCUUCUGGAGGAGUCGUCCAUAUAUGUUUCCAGUUGCGACUAUAAAGAACCUUAAAACAAACAAAGAUUACCUAUAAUUGCGUCGGUGUGACGUCAGUGUUGGCGAUAUCCAGGCAUAUACCGCAAGACAUUUGCCUGAGAGUCAGAUAUUCUUCCGGCAUCUACAACCAGUGAAAGAUUUAUGUAGAUUCAUUUUACAUGAAAUAGGCACACAUGUUUACGUGCAGUCUAUGAAACCAAAUAAUAUUUAGAUUAAAUACGUAUCUCUUAGGCGUUAGACGUUUGGCACAAAUGAAAAUACUACAAGCAAUAAAAAUACUUUCAUACAAUUAUGUAGUUAACAUAGAUUGUUGGUUCAACCGGUUUUUAGCUAUUUAUGAUAAGGAAACAUUGUCAUUAGCAAACAGUA